UAAGGUUCACCUUUGACCUUCCAGCACAGUACAGCUAACGUGACACCGGCAUUUUAAGCUCACUCUUUUCGCCCGAAAAUCUGUCAAGAUGUCCACGACAAUGAAUAAGAAUGAUAUCUAUGCUGUAUAUGAAGAAGUCCGAAGUGACAGCACAGAUACCAACUGGGCAGUAUUUAAAUUCAACGGACCUGAGAUAGUUCUUGAUUCUACGGGCACGGAUUAUGCGGAAUUUAAGUCCAAAUUUUCAGAUGAUGAGCGUCUAUUUGGUUACGUCCGUAUUUACACUGGGGAUGAACUGAGCAGGAGGGCCAAGUUUGUCUUGGUGGCAUGGGUGGGGCCAAAUGUCGGAGCCCUAAAGAAGGCCAAAAUGAGCACAGACAAGGCUGUCAUUAAGGAAGUUAUACAAAAUUUUGCAAUAGAACUUAUGCCACACGAGGCUCAUGAACUUGAUGAGGAGGAAUUACGAGAGGCGUGCAUAAAGGCAGGUGGUGCCAAUUAUGGUACAGGAGUGAGGGGAUAGAAUUGACUGACAAUCAAGACUGAAUUAUUGAAAUUUUCAUCCCAAAUCUUAUGUGAAUAUAUUAUAUAUAUAUAUGACUUUGCCAUGUCAGGAAGAAACUACUGUGGUAUGAUACAAGCCACUUGCUGAAACCCAAGGAUUUGGCCAAGUCCUCUUCAUUUGACAACAAAAACAAACAGUGCCAGCCUAACUGUGAUUUAGACGGCUUCAUCAGGACUCCUUAAGCAUGUAACGAGUAUUCAGUAUUUGCAGCCAUAUUGGAAAUUUUGUGGGACGUGAUUCUUCAAAAAAUUCAGAGAACAUGUAACAUCUUGUGAGCUCAAUCAUGUAGUCAGUUUAGUGAAAAUAACUUUCAUUAUUUGCAAUAUGCUCAUCAAUGAAACUACAUGGUGAGGAAGGGAAAUGUUCAGAGGAGAGUAAUUGGGUGAAAUUGUGAAGGAAUGUGAUCAUUGGGACAGUAUCUUAAACUGGACCAAUGCUUCGGGGGUAACACUGGGCCAAUUGUAGUAGUGUUUGAUGUGAAAAUGAAGAAUUUUUGCCUAUAAGCUUGCCAAGUCAGCUGGAGAAAUUGCUUGUUAAAGUACUUAAGAACAAGAGAUUGAGUGAUAAAAAAGCGACAGUGUUUCAGUAUUUGCUUGCUAAAAAAUGUAGUACACAUACAUUUUUAAUGUUGGAUUUCUCUUUCUUUAGUGUUGCAGUUUAAUCAGGAUGCACACAUUAUUAGCUAAAGCCACAUAAAGGAGCGUUAAUCACACUUCUAGGUCAUGUCCUGGCGGGUUUGGCCACAAAUGACAGAUUUAUGUCAUCUGGUGGUUUGAAUGCCAUACACAGCAAAGAAUUGAAGUCUCAGAUUCUUUUCAGCUAAGUUACAGUCAUCAGAAAGAUAGGCACUAUAAAGUUUCUUAUGUAUUUGACUGAAGCAUGAACAUGGGAAGAACAAAUUUAUUUUCUUUUUUUUUCUAUGCCAAUUUAAUUCUUUUAUAAAAGCCACACAUUCCUGUAAAUGUUAAGAUUAUUAUCUUUUUUUGUCAAAUGAAGAGGACAACUGUUUUUUAACUCAAGCUUACAGCACAAGCAAUGGAGAUCUCUGGCCUUGGUUACUAAGCAACAGCUCUUUUAAUUUAGUUGUUUUGUUAACUUAAGACUAGUAUUGAUGCGGUGCAAGUCUCAUAUGGUUGAUUUAUGGACAAUGUAUUGAAUAUUUUUUCCUUUUUGAAAGAAAUAUUUAGAUUUAUUUGCAUUGUGUUAAUUGGUGAAGAUAAUUAUGAUUGUGAAAUAUGAGGUGCAAUUUUGCUUGUUAUUAAGAUAUUACUCAUUUUUUGUUGUUAUUUGAUUAUAGCCACAACUUUACAAUACAAGACUGUUUACUUUCGUCCCUGUACAUUUAAAUGUAUAUCAAACUUUAAGUUUAUCCUAACUGUGGUUACAUUUAUUUAUACCAUGGCAGAUGUCGAAGACGAAAGAUACAGAUUUGGUAAUAAUUAUCUCACAUACAAGCAUGUCAUUCAUGAGUGGGAGUUUUGUCUUGUGCCUGUAUUAUUUUUUUCUCGACAUCUGCAGUAGUAUACAUGUAAGUCUGAUACACCUUUCUUUAGCAUCAAUUGGAGGUGAAUCUUAUAGCCAUUGGUGUUUAUUGUAGACUCGAUAGCACAGAUGCCUCGCUGACUUGUGGUGUAUCAUUGCAUAAAAUGUAUCUCCAAAGACAGCAUGCUCACCUUCUCAGUCCUAGAGGCCUUAACUACUUCUUGUAUAAAUUGUCUUUAACAGUGUCUUUUGCAAAUACUUGAAUCAUGAUACUAAAUGGGACCAAUAUUUUGAAUUUUAAUUGUAUUGUGUGGUAUUUAGAAUAUUGCUUACAAUGUUUUUGUAAGACGGUGAUUCGUUCAUUGUUCAGAAGGAGAAAUACAUAGUUGAAACAUUA